GUUCAAGUGAGUGAAUUUGUUUUUUCGUGUUAUUGUUGGUAAUUUGGUUGCAAAAAAACCAACAGAACAAAUAAAGAGAAAGGCUAUUUGAUUACGUAACAUAAAUCACAAUAUAAACGCAAAAAUUGUUACCUUUUCCAGUAUGAAGUCAAGAGAAAUAUGUUCAGUUUGCAUAAACUACUGAAACUCUGAACAUAUCUAUUCAAGAGAAUUCAGUCAUCUUCACUAAAGAAACAAUUAUGUCAGAAUCUGGAGCGACUGAUGAUACUCUUGUUGGAACACCUCAACAUGAUGUCCACUAUUCAUCACUUCAGCAUGAACGAAAUCAUCGUGCGGAACAGUUACGUGAUAUUUGUUCAGAUAUAUUUAACGAUGAUAUUAAGGAUGUAUCAGAACAAGAAUGUAUGAAAGAACGAACAAGAAUGUUAAGAGAGCAUAUUGAAGGAAACAUUGAGAUAUUGGAUUAUCUUCAAGGAAUAUCGGGACUUGAACAUGAUUUUACUAAACUGGCAGAUCGCGUCGUAAAUACAGCAAUGACGUUGAGUGAUCGAAAUAAUGUGAAACAUUCGGAUAGGAUUUAUAGUAAGGAUACUGGUGCCAGUGUCGACAAAUGUUGGAAAUAUAUUUCUCAAUUAUCCGAGGCAAUCCAGCUUCACAUUAUGAAGUCCUAUGAGUAUCAUAAGCUUCAUCAUGAAAUUUGGGCAGCUCGUAUGGAACUACAACAAGUGUUAUCAGGUUAUUCUAUAAUUCAGGAGAAAGUAGAUUCAUUGAGCUUAUUAACUGAUGAAUCACUUGUGACAGUUAAGAAAAUGAUAGAAGCUCAACUAAACAACUAUGCAAGAAUUUCUGCUAAGUCUAAAGAAUUUGUGGAGAAAUCAUGCACAAUAACACCAAUAUUUCUUCGGAGUCCACUAUCUGACGGUAAACAUUCUGCUUGUCUAUUGGCAUCUUUACGAUUGCCCUCUGGAAAAUGGAUUCAUAAAGGAGAUAAUGUCAAAGUGUGGAGCAGUAGUCCGAUUGCAUCCAAAUUAAAUAAUGAAUGGCAUGCUCAGACUAGUAAAGGUGAACAACUGCUCAAUGCACCAUCAAUCUGUUUUUGGCUUACUUCACCAGAACACAGUCCAACGAUAAAUAAACGAAGUCAGUUAAUGUCUAGUGUAACCAAAAAGAACGCAGAAGAUUUCGAUGCAUUUUUAUCAACAAAAGCUGUCAGUAAACGUUUUCAUGAAGAUUUAUGUAGUUCAUGGAGGAUUGCUGUCGAUUUAUUUGCAAAUAUACUAAUACCAACUUGUAAAAAUUACCUGAAAACUUUAGAAAAUGUCAAUCCAGUUGUUGUCGAGGAUGCUGAAGAAUUUAGCAAUAUUUUAAAACUACUAUAUCUUCUCCUGGAAUAUGGCAACGAUCCAGCACUAGAAACUGUGAAAGUGUUAUCUCAGAAUCCUUUGGAAACUGAAGGGGAUAUAGUGCACGUGAAGAACGAGGAUAUUCAGCAACUAACAGAAACACUGGAAGCGUGGAAGACUUUACUGAAGAAAUUGGAUGAAGCAGAGGGAAAAAGGGAUGAAAAUGAAGCUAGCGAACAUUCUGAUUUGAAUGCAGACGUUGAAAGUUCAGACAUAAAUUUUUUGCUGUUACGACAAGAUAGCAGUGUGAAGAAAUCAGAAAAGAUAAAUGAAUAUCCCACAACGAAUUCAUCAGAAACAAAAGAUGGAUAUGAAGAUAAAGAGCUGGUGACAAGUUUUAACUAUAAUGUGCCGAAAACUUUUAAAUUGAAUAGAGACAGUUCUACAUGCGAAGAGUAUGCAGAACUCCCUAUAAAGGACUCACUGCACUAUCAUACUACCCAGAAACCUUCAACAAAUCAAUCCAAAUUGAAUAAGGAGAAAAGAGAACUUAUGACACAAAUUGAUACACCAUUUCAUUCUGCUGUUGUCUAUUGCCCAACCUGUUCUGAGUUUCAUGAAAUAAGUAUACUGUCACCUUUUAUUUGUAAUACCGAAUCGAAUUAUUCAUGUUUUAAUUCAUGCAGUGCAGUCAGCGAUGCUUUAGAUGGUCAUAUGAAGCCUGCGCAAUCAAUGCCAAGUCUACUCUUGGAAACAGGGAAUGUCGGUUUUGAUGAAUGUAAAAUUGCAAACAGUGAAAAUAAGAGAGGAAAUGAAAUACGAAAGUUUUUAAAAUCGAAGGUUCGAAAUAAAUCACGACCACAUAGUGCAAGUGCUAGCCUUACUGAAACUACAGCAAGUUCUGGUCUUGACAGUCCUUCAGAAUCCUCGAUUAUUAUAAAAGACGAAAAGGAGUCUAGACAAAAUCGUCAUGCUGCACACACCAGGACUCAAGAAAAACCAAAGAGUAAAAGCUCUUUUCUGUGGUGGUAUAAGCGUAGCAAAAGCAAAUCAAACGAGUUUGGUCCACAAACGCCAGGCAGCCCAUACACCGAACCAGGACCCCCUGGAAGAAGAUCACCACUGAAUAUUAUCCCAAGUGAAUUAACACAAAGCUCACUUCACCAAUCACCGAAUUCUUUAAUACCAGCGGAUAAAUUUCAAAUGAAUCCAAACGAAGACACUGAUCCUGUAAUACGGUCGUACAGUUGGGUACAACAAGGUAUGCCGUUGGGUUAUGGUCCCCCUUUUAACAUUAAUUGGUGGCCCGCGUCACACUCUUCUCCCCAGGGACUUCAUCCAAAAAACAGACGCGUAAAUAUUCGUAGUGAGAGAAUUAAAACGAAACCCAGGAAACUAAUCAGGAAGCAUUCAUUCGAAAAAUACUCUGAUCGCUAUUUACCUAGUGAAAGUCAUAUAUAUAAUACUAUCGAUUCAGGUAUUCAGACUGAUACCGACAUAUGUACUACUGGAAAUUUAGAUACUACCGUAUUGGAUUCAGCAUCGGAUAUCCAGCAGGCUUCGACGAAUGCAGAAGAUUUCUGUCAGUAUUGCGACAGAAGGAUACACAAAGUUUCCUACGAAAAUAAUUCUGUUCAGUGUGAUUUUGUUAGUAGUCAUAUAUUGGGCAAAAGUUCUAAGCAUACAGUGACUUCAUCGUCUAGCCAGACUGAUCAACAAGAUCCCGAAACUGUUCGUAAUGAAUUUAAAAAGAAUAGCAUAAAAGUAUGGAAUGUAAGUUGCCAGGUGGGCACUGUGAAAAGAAACCAAAGCACUGAACCAAUGGAAAUUGGAGAGCCUCUUUGUAAUGCAGCCAAUAGUCACAUCAAUGAAAAUGAAAAAAGUGAUGAUGUACGAAGAUAUGCGAAGUACAAUGAAAGGCCAAAAAGUUUUGAAAGUCCUACAAGGCGACUAACACAGUUAACUCUUAGUUAUGGAGCAAGACCAGUAGACCCAUUAAAAUUUUCCGUAUCAUGUCAGAUCGGUACUUCUUUCAAAACUGCUGUUGACAAUGCAGAACUUUCAAAUGAUACAAGGGGUGAAACUAGAAAAAACGGAACAAUAUAUCAUAGUCUUAUGUGUGACGCAUCGUCAUUUGAAACUACAUCGCCAGUGAUGGUAGGCAAAAAGUUUCAGGUGAAUUUGCCUUCAGCACCUCAGUACGAAGAUGUCGCCACACAAAUUGAAGUGAAAGAGACAACAGUGAAUAAUUUAAAUGUCGCUCAUGUUAAAAACAAUGCCCAAAGCAAUCUGGUAGAUGCACAGUCUACUUUCAUAUCACCUGACUUAAAAAUUCCUCGAAAAUUUAGAAACGAUGUAUCCAAUUUGGUCAAAGCAACUGACUGCCAUGGGUUAGUGCUGCUAAAUGAAACCAGUACACAAAUCGGCUUAACCAACAAAAAAUUAUAUCACAACCAGAAAGAUAGUUCAUCGCAAACUGAUUUGCCAUAUAUUUAUGUGACUGAACUAGAGUCUACAUCUAACUCAAACGUGGAUCCGAAAAAAACAAAUGAAAAAUACAGAAAAGAGAUUUAUAAAUACCCAUCUGGUCGUACAGUUGAGCAGACGAUUCCACAGCCUGCAACUAUAGAUAACUUGAGUACAAGAAGUGAUCAUGUGAAAUUUAUUACUCACUCCAAACCCCUAUUUGGAAGUUCAUCUGGUAUGACAUAUCAAAGCAGAGCCGUAGAUUAUCAAACUGACUCACUAACAAACACUCAAAUGAAACAAGUUUCUACACCCAUUCUGACUACAAAGAAGGAGAUUCGGAGUAGGACAAAUGAAAGUCUACCUCCAUGUCGAAUGACAAGCACACUAAGCAAACCAAGAGUUCGAAGGAAUCUGACAGAAAUCCCUUUUCAAAGUAAACCCACCAACAGACGGUCUACUUCAACAUGUGGAGAUUUGGUCAUGAAUAUAGAAGUACACGGCGCAACGUGCAAACGUUCUGUACACGAAUUUGAUUAUCUGUACACUUCAAAAAACCUAUGUGAUCAUAGAUUUUUAAAUUCAAUUUCGUCAUCAUCUUCAUCUUACGAAGACACUGAUGAUUUAUGCGAACAGUGCCGUUUAAAAUAUUAUAAACCAUUGCAAAUGAAUAUUGCAAUGAAGCCUGUUCAUGUUUGCUACAGUAAACCCAGGAAAUUAAACAGCCAUUUAAAAUCUCAACAUGCUAAUUCUUCGAAAGGUACUCAUCGAUAUAUUACAAAAAGAAGUUUUUCAGCUGAUAACAUAGAAGUAAACGAUGAGAAAGGAGAUGUUAUCAAUUCAGUCACUGUCAAAUGUCCUAAUAAAUAAUUGUUAUACAUUGAAAACACUACCUACGAAAUGGUGUGCACACAAUUCAAAAUUAAACAAUAUUAAAUAAACUUUAUUGAACGAAAGGAGGUAUAAAUCAAAAACAGUGAACGUUACUAUGCUUUACUUAACAAUAAAAAGCGUUUUCUUCACUUCUGAUUAAACUUUUUUUUGUUGUUGUGUUGCAACAUUUUCCACUGGCAUUUUCCUCUCUUCCAUAAUUAACUCACUUACAAAUAAAAUUUAAUGAUUUAAUAUACACGCUAGUGCGU